AUUCUCAAAUGAUGCAUAGUCCUAAAUCUAGGGAAAGGUCUUGGAGUACUAAAUCUAGGGAUAGACGUUCUGUUAGUAUGCCAGGUGUUACAGAUGAUAGCAGGGAAUGGAGUGGCUUUGUUUGUACUGUGUGUAACAAGAAGCUAACUACAAGCUGGGGAUUGUCCUUACAUAUGAGAACACAUACUGGAGAAAAACCAUUUGCCUGUAACGUGUGUAACAAAAGAUUUGCAGCGAAAAGUAACCUUAAAGCACAUUUGGUCACACACGUGAACAUUUUAGACCUUUGAACAUAUACUAUCUUAAGUUUUUAAAAUAAACAUAAACGGUGUACAUAUUUUCUGAAAUUAUGACUGAAAAGAUAAAUAUUUUAGAAAAUUAAUUAUGAGGUUUUUUUUGGUAACGUGUAUAAUGGUAUUUUCCUAAAAUUUUGAAAAUGUACUUAAAAGUAAAAUGUUAUGAAGAUAACAAGGAAAGAAACACAUUGCAAACGACACAUACAAUCCACAUAAAUUACCGGAAAAAAAGGUCAAAUUAUACAAAAU